CAGGUCAACGAUGAUCUCGUCGCCAGAUUUUGGUUACAUCAUUAAAUUAUAUUACAAUUGAAAUGAGGACUAGAAGGGCCAAUAAAAAGUUGCCACCUCAAAUGGCGGCAACAGAACAACCGCCAAGUAAAAAAACUAAAUAUUCCAAACUCCGUAAUAAAAUACCAGAAGUAAAAAUGGAUGUUGAUAUUGAACCAGAAUUAAUUCUUCCCGUUGCGAUUAAAAAUGAAGACAUCAAAGCAAUUGACGAUUUAUUAAAUAACAAAAUUGACGUUAACAUUACUCAAGAAUCUUCUCCACCAGCUCUCCAUCUAGCCGUCGAAACAAAAAACUUAGAGAUAAUUAAUAAGUUAGUUGACCAUAAAGCCGACAUUGGCAUUAUUUAUGACAAUAAAACAGCUUUGCAACUUGCUGUUGAACAAGGUAACAAAGCAAUGGUCGAAAUACUACUAAAAACCAAAAAAAAUAAAAGUAAAGUAAACGUAAGAGCUCCAGGUCAUCCAACACCUCUUACUUUAGCUAUUAAGUCCGGCAACUUUGAGAUAUUUCAACUAUUAUUAACCUCUGGAGCGUACAUUAAAAAAAUUAUCCGUGAAGAUAAUCCACUGUACUAUACAGCUCAAAAUAAUGCUAUCAAAAUAGCUGAGUAAUUGGUCAAGGAGCUAAAGUUGAUACUUACAUAAAAAAUAAAUCGUCACCAUUUCAUCGAUGCGCGCCAUUACACGUCGCUAUUAAUC